UAGUUGUGUUGUCAAGCCAACAGUCUCAGGCACCGUCUGUCCUCUUUGGAUAUUAAUAAUAGUUUGGUUCAAUUAACUAAUUGAGAAGCUGAUCUGGCAAAAAAACAUCUGCCUGGAUUCGAGUCUAUUUAUAGAGGGUCAUUUAUUGAUGUUGACAAUGUCAGGACUCUCUGCAUUGUCAGCCAAAGUAGGGAAGUCAUUCUUUAUCCGAGACAUCCUGAGUGACCGACUGGGCAGCGAACCACGGGCACCAUACCCAGACUUACUCCCUCAGCAGAAGUACUCUGCAAAGAGUGAAACGCUGCCAGAUCCGUACAAACCAACUGAUGAUAGUGCCUUGUCCUUAGCAGAUGUGAUCAAUGAUCCUGUCUCCUGGCACUGGAGCAGUAAGGACCCUGAGCAAAGCGAGGACACAGCAGUGUUGACAACAGCUCAGAACUCGUUUCUAAGUAAGAAAGAAACCUUCAUGGCAACAUUAAUAACCAGCUCACAAAAACUGGACAAACACACAAACAGUAAUCUGAAACAACAGAAGCGAUCCAGAGCAGCCUUCACACACACGCAAGUGUUAGAGCUAGAGAAAAAGUUUAGCUACCAAAAAUACCUGACAGCACCCGAGCGUGCUCACCUGGCAAAGACUCUGAAACUCACUGAAACCCAGGUAAAAAUUUGGUUCCAGAAUCGCAGGUACAAAACCAAAAGGAAACAACUGAGUCUGGAAAAGGAUGACCUCACAGGUGAAAGAAGGCUGCCCAGCUAUGCUUCAGAAAAUGAAAUUUGCAAGGUGUCAUUAAUGACUACGUUUCCCAGCUACCAAUGCUAUCCUUAUCUGUGUUAUGUAAAUACUUGGUGUCCGUCUCUGUGGUAGUUCAGAGAAGCACACAAAAUCCUUUUAUUUAUUUGUAAUUCACAGGUGCAUCUACUUUUAAUGGACUUUACUAUUCCAUCAGUGGAUAAAACAGACUGAUUAAGGGACUGUUACCAAAUAGCAUAGCAUUUGUAUUGUAGAAGCAAGUGUUUUCAGAUUGUUAGGCUGUUUAAAGAUUAAAUACCAUAAUACUGUGUGGAAAAAGGUAUAGAAUGUGUUCUGAUUUGUAACUUGAUAUGUAUGUGAAAACAAUCAUUUAUGAGAUAUUUUCCUCCUCAGACAAAAUAUGUACAAGGGAAGUGAAUGCAGACAGAUUGACUUAUUAAAAACUAUAGAUGUGCUGAUUGAAGGAUAUUACAUUUAUUUCCAGCCACUAUGUCAACUUUUCCUAAGGAAAUCAGUCUUAUAAAUCAAACUGUACAGUGUUUACAUCUUAAAUGCAUUUUGUAAAGAUCAAUGAAUCCUUUAUACACUUGAACAUUCUAUAGAAUAGUAUCUGGCAAAAUAAAUACAUAAAUAAAUACAUAGGGAUAAAUACUGUGAUCAGGGUUCAAUAAAAUAAACACAUAUAGUUAUUUUGUACCAAAUAAAUUUGUAAAUAACAAAAUGUGCUAAUUUAGAAUUAACUGCAAAGAGUGGCUGUAUCCAAAGUGGUAUUUGCAGAGUUGUUUGCAGAUUCUCAGUUAUUUUCUAUAUUAGAAAUGUGCCAUAAUGCAGCGGAAGGUUUUUUUAUGAAACCAUAAUUUUUUUGAAUUAUUUUUUUGUCUUUAUCUGUUAGUGGUAUAUUCAUAAUGAAAUAAACCCAAAGUUUUUCUGAUUAUAUCAUAUAUAUUUGAAUUUUGCUGUAGUUAAUUUGAGGUUUGGGUAACCGUCUCAACUGACUUUUAUUCACAGUUACAUAAUAGUUUGUACAUAUUCUUGAAAGUUAUUAAAUUAAACUGA